AUGAAUACCAAAAGGAAACUGAAGACUUUAACUCUACGUGAAAAAUUCAACGUUAUCAAUGCGGUAAAAAGUGGUACGAAGAAAAAAGAUGUGGCAGCUCAUUAUGGACUACCAGCCAGCACUUUGUCUACAAUAAUCAAGAAUGAAGCCGAAAUACUGCAAAGAUACGAAUCGAGUAGCAAUUUGUCUUGCAAAAGACGACGUUUGGCGGAGUUUCCUGAUUUAGAGGAAUGCUUACUUACCUGGUUCAAACAGUGUCGGGACAAAAACAUAAGCGUAUCUGGGCCUAUCUUACGCGAAAAAGCCGAAGAAUUUUCGAAGUCACUGGGACACAGUUCGUUUCGUGCCAGCAAUGGUUGGUUGGUGAAUUUUAAGAAGCGUCAUGAACUUGUUUUUAGGAAAGUUUGCGGCGAAAGUGCAAGUGUCAAUAAAGAGGUAUGUGAUGAAUGGAUAAAUGAGUUGCAGAGUUUAUUGAAGGAUUAUGAACCAAAAGACGUCUUUAAUGCCGACGAGACUGGCCUUUUUUUCAAGUGCUUACCUGACAAAACACUUAAUUUUAAAAAUGAAAAAUGUCAUGGCGGUAAGCACAGCAAAGAGCGAUUUACAAUAUUGCUAGCAACAAACAUGACAGGCUCUGAAAAACUAAAACCAUUAGUUAUAGGAAAGGCUAAAAAACCUCGUUGUUUCUCUGGUUUUAAAACUAUACCACUAGACUACGAUGCUAACAAGAAAGCAUGGAUGACAGCCGAAAUAUUUAAAGGAUGGCUCAUUAAAGUCGAUAAGAAAAUGAUUAUGGAGAAACGAAAAAUAUUGCUUUUGAUUGACAAUUGUACAGCUCACAACAUAAUUCCGCCAUUGAAAGCAGUGAAUGUUAAAUUUUUUCCACCAAAUACGACAUCUAAGUUACAGCCCUUAGAUCAAGGAAUAAUAAAAAAAUUUAAAUCUUUUUAUAGAAAGGAAGUUGUAAGGAAACUAAUAACUGAUAUGGAACAAGAGUCUGCUUCAUCUAUUAAUGUAUUGCACGCAAUUAGGAUGACAGACAAGGCUUGGAGAAGUGUAUCGAUGACUACAAUAGCCAAUUGCUUUAAAAGCUGUGGAUUUUCGAGGCCACAAGAAGAAGCUUCAGAAGAUCCUCAAGAGGCUCAAGAGCCGGACAUGAAUGUAGAACCCGAUUGGAAUAGGCUUCAGAACAUAGAAGUUCAAUUUGAAGACUAUGUAACAUGUGAUGAAGGGCUAGCUACUACUGGAACGCUAACUGAUGCUGAAAUCAUUGACGUAGUUAAUCAGCAUACAGAUGAUGAUAAUGUUGAUGAAAAUGACGUCGAAAAUACUGAUCCAGCAGAUUUUGAACCAGUAGUAUCAAACAAGGAAGCCAGAGCAGCAAUUAAUACACUACGAACUUACAUUGAAAGAUGUGACGAUAUCGAAGAUCGUGUUUUCAGUUCAUUGUUUGAACUUGAAAAAAUAAUUGAUAAAAAAUCUGCAAAUUGCUUAAAUCAAAAAAAGAUAACCGAUUUUUUUUAA